AUGUCCGAACUCACCUUCUGCAAGACGUUCCUCGGAGCAAUCGAUUCGCGCCCGGUCAAGCUGUCAUCCGACUACGUGUCCGACGCGCGAACCUACCCAGCUACAGGCGUUCCCAUCCUCCCCCGUCUGCCGCAGGGCCACCCGCAGCGACCCAACCCCAAAGCCACACAAGAUGCCCCCUCGACCUCGGCCGUCAACAUCAGCCUCAAGCCCAUGAAACCCACCACCCCGACACUGCCUCUCUCCGCCGUCGACCCGGCCAAAACCUCCGUCUACGACCUCAAGCAGCAGUACAGCACAGCGACCAGCAUACCCGCGACCAAGAUCAAGAUCCUGUACAAGAAGAAGCCCGUCACCGACUCCAAGCUGAUCAGCGAAGUUAUUGGCGCAGAAGCAGGCGCGGAUGUAGAGUUUGGCGUCAUGGUCAUGGGCGGCGCGGCGGCAGGAGGCGCGUCGACACCAAGCGCAGAGUCGCCGGUCGCGAGCCCGGCAGCCGUGGCGCCAAGUGAGAGCGACAAAGGCUUGGCUGGGGCUGGGGCUGGGACUGGGGCUGGAGCUGGAGCGAGCGUAGGAGCUGUCGGGGGUGCGGCGGCGGUGGGGCCGAGUGGGAAGGAGGUGGUAGCUACCGACGAAUUCUGGGCUGAUUUGAACAACUUUGUUCUGCAGAGAAUAAAGGACGAGCACGAAGGCGAGAGGCUGGUGGGCGUCUUCAGGAAGGCCUGGCAAGCUGAUCGGUGA